AAAAAAGACACUGAAAUCUUUGGGGAUUUUUAGCAAAUAUGGCUUGAAAUGCAAUAUACUGUAACAAACAUUUUAAUUUAUUUGUGAGGAAUACUGAUAAGGAAACUGAAUUGAUUGGCAGCUGCAUGUGUUGUGCUGGGACCUAUUAAUAAUCCAAUUAAACUGUCCCCUAAGAGAUUAAGUAUUUUAUAAUCUUAAAUAUUUUUCACCAAAUUAAAAAAAAAUUGUUAUAUUCCUACCAAGCCCUAUCAGAAUAGAACUGUAGGAAGGAUUUUGUUAAUUGGAUUAAUAGAAACCAGUGUAACUCUUGACCUAAAUAUGACUCUGGGAUCAUAACAUACCGUCUGAAACAUGACACCCAAUACUGCCCUUCCUGUCAGUGGAAACAGGAGCUGUUUGUCUGCAGCAGAAUGUGAUGUAAACUUCCGUGUUUUGCCAUCCAAGCAUCUUAAUAGCAAGAGUUGUGUCAUUUCAGUGAAUCUGAUCCAUUUGGAGAAAAGUAUUUCAUAUAGUACAAAGCAGCUGAGACCCAGGAGCAGAUUAAGGCUGGAUCCUCAGAUUCCCAGCUCAACUGUCUUAAAGUAAAUCAAUUUGAAACUAAGAGUGAAAUUCUGGCCCCACUGAAGCCAAUGGCAACACUCCAAUGGACUUCAAUGGGCCAGGAUUUUGACCUAAGAACCUAUUCAAGGGUCUGAGCUCAGAAAAAGGAUUUUCAGAAGUGCUAACCGCUGACCUAAAUCUGCUCCCACCACCGUCCAUUCCUGUUGCAGGACGAAAAGAUCACUGGGAGCAAGACAGGCAGCUCUGUGAUACUGAGUACAAGGAAACGUGUUGUGCCCUUGUAAUACUGCAUUAGCCAGGCUGUAGUUUGGUCCCUUGUAGGUAGUGGAAUUUAGUUUAAUGCUUUCUCAACCCCAUGGCACACCCCACCUAUUUUCACAAGUGGUUUUAUUAUGUGCUCUCUGCCAGCGUGAAGAGAAUGAACUGACUCAUAAAAAUACGCUGUUACUGAAAAUGUCAAGUUGAUAGCAGCUUCUAGAAUAUAUGCAAUGUAGCAAAGGGCUUUAGCAUUGUAUGUUAUCCCUUUCCCACCUGGUGAGGGCUUGGGUUUUCAUAUUAUGCAAAAUGUACAAAGGCCAUUUUACAUACCAACUGUUAGCUUUCUCUGUGACCUGAAGCAGAUGUACACAACCACUUUCUGGAGAAAAGAUGAAAGAUGUAGGAAUAAGACUGCAAGAUGACCGUUCCCUUGUGGCUCUCUCAAAAUGAAAUGGGAACUCACCAUAGGGUAUGCAACUGAUCCAAAUAAUUUCUAAAGCAGAUUUUUUCUGUAUGUAUCUUUUCACUGAAAGAGUGAGUGAGCAAGAUACGAGAAGAGGAAAUGGAAUGAACAUUAAAUAAAGAUAAAGUGUUAGGUCUGUCUUGUCUGAAGUCACACGAGUCUUUUAAUUAAGAGAGAAAGCCUGUUUUCCUUUUCCAUGUGGAUUUGAAAUGACUGACUUGCAUGCUGUUUCACUUGAAAUUCAGAUAUAAAAUAAGAUGAAACUGGAUCAGUCAACAGAUGUACACAGGGAGCAGAUUGCAGGAACAUAGCAUUAAUGUCUUCUUAACCACACAGCCAUGCUGAGAAUCACUCCCAACAACCCCCAGAAUGCAAAGCUUAGGAUAAGCUUACAUAAAUAAAAUACAACAACAAGCCACAAGGUGGCACUUUUAGCUAAACAUACUAACGCUAUUUGUGCAUGUUCUUUAAACCUCCAGUGUUAUGGGCAAGGACAAGGAUGUGGAUCCAAGAAAAAAGAUGCAAGAAAUGCCUGACAAUGAGUCUUCAGUUUGCCUAACUACCCAAAAAUGCAGGCUGGUCUGAUCCUGUGCUCUGAACAUGAAACUCGUCUAGUUGAAGAUUUAUUCAAGAACUACAACAGAGUAGUGCGCCCGGUGGAAGAUCAUCGUGAGGCUGUUGUAGUCACAGUUGGGCUGCAGCUUAUUCAGCUUAUUAAUGUGGAUGAAGUAAAUCAGAUUGUAACAACCAAUGUACGCCUGAAACAGCAAUGGACAGAUGUCAACCUAAAAUGGAAUCCAGAAGAAUAUGGUGGGUUGAAAAAAAUUCGUAUCCCAUCUGAGAUAAUCUGGCGCCCCGAUCUUGUUCUUUAUAACAAUGCAGAUGGUGAAUUUGCUAUUGAUCAAUUCACCAAAGUUCUUUUAGAACAUACAGGCAAGAUCACAUGGACACCACCAGCAAUUUUUAAAAGUUACUGUGAAAUUAUAGUCACACACUUUCCAUUUGACCAGCAGAACUGCAGUAUGAAGUUGGGCACUUGGACGUAUGAUGGUACAGUGGUUGUUAUAAAUCCGGAGAGUGAUCGCCCAGAUAUGAGCAACUUUAUGGAGAGCGGCGAAUGGGUGAUGAAAGAUUACCGGAGCUGGAAGCACUUUGUUUACUAUGCCUGUUGCCCUGACACCCCAUAUCUGGAUAUUACCUACCACUUCCUCAUGCAGCGCUUGCCUCUCUACUUCAUUGUCAAUGUCAUCAUUCCCUGUCUGCUCUUCUCGUUUUUAACUGGGUUAGUGUUUUAUCUGCCCACCGAUUCAGGUGAGAAGAUGACUUUGAGCAUUUCUGUUUUGCUGUCUUUGACUGUGUUCCUUCUGGUCAUUGUGGAGCUGAUUCCUUCUACUUCAAGUGCAGUGCCCUUAAUAGGCAAAUACAUGUUAUUUACCAUGGUGUUUGUCAUAGCGUCAAUCAUCAUUACCGUCAUUGUAAUCAACACCCACCAUCGCUCCCCAAGUACCCAUAUUAUGCCACAGUGGGUGAGGAAGAUCUUUAUUGACACAAUCCCAAAUGUUAUGUUUUUUUCAACAAUGAAACGACCAUCCAGGGAUAAACAAGAAAAAAGGAUUUUUACAGAAGACAUUGAUAUUUCGGAAAUCUCUGGAAAACCAUGUCCUGCUGCCGUCAACUUCCACUCCCCACUUACCAAAAACCCAGAUGUGAAAAGUGCUAUAGAGGGAAUCAAAUACAUUGCUGAAACGAUGAAAUCAGACCAAGAAUCCAGUAAUGCUGCAGAAGAAUGGAAGUUUGUUGCAAUGGUAAUUGAUCACCUUCUCCUUGGUAUCUUCAUGCUGGUUUGCAUUAUUGGAACAUUGGCCGUGUUUGCUGGUCGUCUUAUUGAAUUAAAUCAAGAAGGAUGAACAUUAAAUCUAAACGGUGUACUACCCCUGGGCAGGGGUAGCAUAUCUUUGUUUACUUUGUUGGCUUUUAUUGAAUACAUUUCAUUGUUCUACCUGUUGUGUUCUUCCCAGCUGUCUGAAGGUUGCACAGCUAAGAAUCACUUCCCAUGGGGAACAAAUAAAGGAAAAAAUUAAAAUGAUGUUUUCCACACUUGGCA